AUGAUCUCUCAGUUCUUCGUGCUUUCACAGAGAGGCGACAACAUAGUCUUCCGAGAUUAUCGAGGUGAUAUACAGAAAGGAAGCGCAGAGAUAUUUUUCCGUAAAGUGAAGUUCUGGAAAGAAGAUGGCAAAGAGGAAGCCCCUCCUGUCUUUAAUUUGGAUGGUGUAAACUACAUUCAUGUGAAGGUGGUUGGCCUGCUUUUUGUUGCAACUACAAGGAACAAUCUGCCACCUUCCCUUGUGUUGGAGCUUCUACAAAGGGUUGCUCGUGUCAUCAAAGAUUACCUUGGUGUUCUUAGUGAAGAGUCGUUACGAAAAAAUUUUGUGCUUGUUUACGAGCUUCUUGAUGAAGUUAUUGAUUUUGGCUAUGUUCAAACAACAUCUACUGAACUCUUGAAGUCUUACAUAUUUAAUGAGCCAAUUGUGGUUGAUGCUGGACGCUUGCCUUCCCUUGGUCCUGCAGCUUUAUUUAUGCAAGGAACCACAAGAAUGCCAGGGACAGCUGUUACAAAAUCUGUUGUGGCACAUGAACCAGGGGGUAGGAAGAGGGAGGAAAUCUUUGUGGAUGUAAUUGAGAAAAUAAGUGUCACAUUCAGCUCUAGUGGAUAUAUAUUGACUUCAGAAAUUGAUGGGACCAUUCAAAUGAAGAGUUAUCUAAGUGGAAAUCCCGAAAUCAGAGUAGCUUUUAAUGAUGACCUGACAAUUGGAAGAGGCGGGAAGUCCAUUUAUGAUUAUAGUGGUUCGUCUGGGUCAGGAGCUGUAAUUUUGGAUGAUUGCAAUUUCCAUGAAUCUGUGCAUCUGGAUAGUUUUGAUGUAGACAGAACAUUGUCUCUGGUACCUCCGGAUGGUGAAUUUCCUGUCAUGAAUUACCGGAUUACCCAGGAAUUCAAGCCUCCUUUUCGUAUUAACACUUUGAUUGAAGAAUCUGGAAAUUAUAAGGCUGAAGUGAUCCUGAAAAUCCGUGCUGAGUUUCCUUCAAGCGUUACGGCUAAUACAAUUGUAAUAGAGAUGCCACUUCCAACAUACACAGCCAGAGUUAAUUUUGAAUUGGAGCCCGGAGCUGUAGGACAGAGGACUGAUUUCAAGGAAUCAAACAAGAGGCUUGAGUGGAGUCUGAAGAAGAUUGUUGGCGAGUCUGAACACACUUUACGGAUGAAGCUAACGUUUCCACAGGAGUUGCAUGGAAAUAUCAUAAAGGAAGCUGGACCUGUCAGCAUGACCUUCACCAUACCUAUGUAUAACCCUUCAAGGCUUCAGGUAAAAUAUCUACAGAUUGCCAAGAAAACAAAAACUUACAACCCAUAUCGUUGGGUUAGAUAUGUCACUCAGGCCAAUUCUUAUGUUGCUCGUAUAUGA